GAAAUCUUUUUUCUCUCAUUUGAAAACUCCCCCUAGAGAUCACCCUAAUCUUUGUUCACGGGCAUCUCCGCGAACACAUAUGCCAUACAAUCGAAUUGCAGCCGGUGUGUGAUGCUCAACUCAUCAAACUUGUGAAAAUGAGCGUGUUCUACUGUCCAUCUUCAUCUUCACUGCACCUGCAACCAAACCGCCAACUCUACACCCUAACAAAACCACCAUAUCCUCACCUACAACCUUCAAACCACCUGAAACUUUCCAGGAGACUGUGUGUACCCAACACCAUUAACAGCAUCCAUAAAAAGAAGACUACCACAACGGUGUGUUCCGUGCACGUGUCGCCAUGGGAUGAUAAACCUUACCAGGUGCUGCCCGGUGGUGAAAUUUCUUACUACGACGAGCGGGACGUCGUCUCGUUUCUUGACCCACCUAAACAACUCAUUCCAAUAGACCCUUCUACUUACAAUCCAGCUGCCUAUCUUUGGAAAAAAAUUGAUGACAUCCCAGAGGAAAGGAGACACCGUUUGUUGACCCUGCUCAAUCCCAGACUUAUUACCAGAGCUUGGGAGGUAGCAGGCACAAGAUAUGAUAGUUCAAAGUUAGCAAAGAAAAGUUCAUCUAGGUUGCUUGAUGGUAAAUCUGAUGCAAAGUUGCUUGAAUUUUGGCACUGCAGAACAAAUGGAGGGCCUUUGGCUGUCGCCUGGAUUAAUUACUUCAAGACGGCUUUAUUCUGCUGCAUCGAUGGUCAAACCUUUGGAAGAGUUAUUGAUGCAUCGGUUUUCCGUGGAUCAUCUCGAGCAUUUGCUCCGUUGUACUUCACAGUGAGAGAGGUUAAUGAAGUGAUGUCAACAGAGGAGCCUUGUGAUAUGGCAUAUGAAUUUGGGGAUGGGCUUUUGGAUUUACAGGAGUAUCCUCAAGGGUUUCCAAAGCCAGGGAAACAUCCAUCGCCGUUCAAUGAUGCCGUUGUGAUAUAUGUAAGGAAUGUAGGGCCCGGUGUUAUGGUCGGGCAAGCAUGGCAAGAAGGAGAAGACCUGAAUCAAGUUCCUAAAAAACUAUGUAGCGAAAUAUUGAUGGUUAAAGAUUAUGCCCAUUUAGAUACAAGUUGGUGAAGCAAAUAUUGUGUAGGAUGUUAGUUAUAGUACAAUACUGAAUUUUUGUUGGUAAUUGCGAGGAAACGAACUGGGAACUUAGCCAUCUGUUGUUGGGCAUAUCUCAUGUAUUUCGCUGUUGAUCGUCGUAUAAAUUGUGGUGCAAACCUA